GUGGGACCCGGAAGUGCAAGAUGUGAACACCGUAUUGUUUUGUGAAUCCCGUAUUGAUCUCGGCUCCAGAUCCAGGAUGGCUGAUUGGGGAAACAGGAAGUAUACUCCGCGUUACAGGAGACCGAAGGAAGCAGAUGAAGCUGAGAGCUGGAGGAGUCCUCUGGGACGGGACGGUGAGCGCGGUUACAGUCCGAAAGCGAAGCGUGCUCACGGUCGAACCUCAGACAGAGCCAGAGCCUCGCUGUCGUGCAGCUCUCCUGAGGGACGAGGGUUCGGACCGAGUCCUUCUCACAAGGAACGGAUCCAGAGGGGUUCACCGGCUGACCGCAGGAACUGGAGAGAACAACCGCGGGAUGGACCCAAACACGACAGGCUUGGGAGCGUGCAGAGCUGGAGGGAGAAGAGCAGGGUGGUCCGGAUUGAGAGAUGUCUCACUAAACGGGACGUUUUACAGCUGUGCUCGGAAGCAGAAGGCAGUGACUGUGACCUCAAAGAGUCGAGCGUCAGCCUGAAGUUCAGAUGUGAUAAGUGUAAGGUGUACUGUGAUGACGUGUCACCCGCGCUCAGUCACAUCAGAGAAAGAGCCCACAGGAAGAAAGCCAAGGAGCUGCAGAAGCUGACGCUGCUGUUGAACAUCCCUCCUCCUGGAAGAGACCAGUGUCUCUCGCUCAGCUCGGUUCUGGGAAGUGUGGCCACUGAGUUCGGUCUAAACGCUCAGGAUCUGAAACAACGGCGAAACAUCCUCGCUCUCGUUGAAGGAGUCCUUCGUCCUGUCCUUCCAGAUUGCCAGUUUAGGUUAUACGGAUCUUCCUGCACACAAUUUGGCUUCAGAGACUCUGAUGUGAACAUUGAUGUGAAGUUUCCAUCCCAUCUGCAGCAUCCUGAUGUUCUGCUUGUGGCUCAAGAGCAUCUCUCUCAAAGUGCUCUUUUUGUCAGUGUGGAGGGAGACUUCCAUCGGAGGAUGCCUGUAGUUGUGUGCAAAGAGAAAUCAAGCGGUCUGAUCUGCAAAGUCAGCGCAGGCAAUGAAAGUGCAUGCUUGACAACAGCGUAUCUGGCUGAGCUGGCCAGUCUGGAGCCACAACUUGUCCCGCUGGUCGUGUGCUUUAGAUACUGGGCUAAGAUCUGUUGUGUGGACCAGAUGGAAGAAGGUGGACUUCCAUCCUACUGCUUCGCCCUCAUGGUCAUCAGCUUCCUGCAGCGAUGCAAAGAACCCGUCUUACCGUCAUACCUCGAAUCUGUGGGUUUGCCUCUGAGUAAACUGAAGAGUUUCUCCUUAACUGGGGUUGAGAAAGGACAUGUGCUUUGGGUGUACGAUCAAACCUCAAGCGACUCGUCCCAAGAGAAAACCGUCAAUAAGGGAAAGUGUCCUCUGGUUUUCAAAGGCCGCAGUCCUUCUGUGCUGCUAGGGGAGCUGUGGAUCCAGCUGUUGAGGUAUUAUUCGCUGGAAUUUCAAAUACCUGAGAAAGUCAUUAGCGUGCGCACAAACGGUGACCUGUGGCGUGAUCUGAAAGACUGGCCCAAAAAGAGGAUUGCAAUAGAAGAUCCGUUCGCCGUCCAGAGGAACGUGGCUCGGAUGUUGAACAGUCAGAUGAUGUUUGAGUAUUUGGUGCAUUGCCUCAAAACAACUUACAAGUACUUCGCUUCUCCUUGGAAAAGCGCCGCAGGGAAGGUCAGUUCAAGCGGUCAGUCUGGCAGAUCUGUGAGAGCCACGAAUCAUGUGGAUUCAGUCAAGAGGAGCCCGAGAGUGUCCGCUGAGGAUCUGAAAAGAUCUCGAGCGAGGUCCAGUCCACAGAGCGCAGAAGAGCUGGAAGACGCUGACUGUGUGAUUGAGCUGGAGCUGGAGCCAGACGAGGAGGAAGAAGCCGACUCUGAGCUGGAGACUGAGGGUGAAGAUGAAGAUGAAGACGUAGAGCUGGACGGAUCUGGAUGUGAUCAAUCUGGCGAUGAGAUCUUCCCAUUCGAGCGGGAGAUGAGUGAUGAUGGGGGGUCUGAUGCAGCUCAUCCAGAGGAAGCAGUCUCUGUCCUAAACAAACCCAAAGCUGAGCUUACCAAAUCUGAAUCUCCUCAGACAGCUCCUGAAGGCUUUCAGUACAUCUUCAGCAAGCGCUUUUUCAGUAAUGGCAAGCCCCCCGUUCUGAUAUGCAGUCUUUGUAAGAGCGAUGGGCAUCUGAAACAGGACUGUCCCGAGGACUUCAAAAGAGUGGAGCUGGAUCCCCUUCCACUUAUGACUCUAGACUUCCUCCAGAUCCUCGAUGAAGUCUGUGAGCAAUGCUACCGUGACUUUGCACCAGAUGAUGUGGAGGUGCAAGUCAGAGAACAUAUUUUACAAGAUUUCGAGACAUUCCUGAGAUGUCAAGUGCCAGGAGCCAAGUUGGUUUUGUUUGGCUCAUCCAAGAAUGGGUUUGGCUUUAAACAGAGUGACUUGGACAUCUGUAUGACUCUCGAAGGCCAGGACACAGCAGAGGGUUUGGACUCCAUGGCUGUUAUCGAGAGUUUGACUAAAGCGCUGCGGAAACACCACAGCCUGAGAAACAUCCUACCUAUUACUACAGCAAAAGUCCCAAUUGUGAAGUUUUACCACACCAAAACUGGACUAGAGGGAGAUAUAAGCUUGUACAAUACACUGGCUUUGCACAACACGCAGUUACUGGCAUCAUACGCUGCGAUCGACGCUCGGGUGAAGAUCCUCUGCUACGUCAUGAAAGUGUUCGCUAAAAUCUGUGAUAUUGGCGAUGCGUCCCGUGGGAGUCUGUCUUCAUAUGCCUACACCCUAAUGGUGCUGUACUUCCUUCAACAAAGAAGCCCGCCGGUUAUCCCAGUUCUCCAAGAGAUGUACGUUGGAGAGAAGAAGCCUGUAGUUCUUGUGGAAGGCUGGGAUGUACAUUUCUUUAGUGAUCUGAAGAACUUGCAUAAAUACUGGCCGGGGUACAAGAAGAAUGAGGAGUCUGUGGGGCAGCUGUGGUUUGGGCUGCUGCAGUUUUACACCGAGACGUUUGACUUCAGGGAGACCGUGGUCUGCAUCCGCAGGAAAGAGCCUCUCACCACCUUCAAGAAGCAGUGGACCUCCAAACACCUCGCCAUCGAGGAUCCCUUUGAUUUGAGUCAUAAUCUUGGAGCUGGUCUCUCACGGAGAAUGGCGAGCUUCAUCAUGAAGGCCUUCAUCAACGCCCGCAGAGUUUUUGGCACGCCCCUCAGAGACUUCCCUCCAGAGUAUCCCAACAAAAUGGAGUAUUUUUUUGACCCAGAGGUGCUGACAGAGGGCAAGCUAGCACCCAAUGACCGCUGCUGCCGGGUCUGUGGGAAGAUUGGGCACUUCAUGAAAGACUGUCCGAUGCGGAGGAGACAGAGACGUGACCCUGAUGGACGUGAUGUGAGCCGAGCCGAUGGCAGAGCGCUGACGGACGGUGGACGCUGGCGGCAGAGAGAGGAGAAGUGCUGUUAUCUGUGUGGAUCCAGCGCUCACAUCAAGAAAGACUGUCUGCUGGCCAAAUCGCUAGAAUCCUCCCCAAACACACACCAAAGAAGCCCUGCGUGCGACAGGGACAGACUGGACGGUCCUCAGCAGGACAGGAACAAGAAUAGAAAAGCAAGGAGGAGGAUUCUGGGUCCUGAAGCAGGUAGUGUGGCCAGCAGACAUGCGUCAUUAAAUGCGUCUGUGGAGAAGUGGAGCCCUUUCAACUGAACGAUCUAAAGAGAAAAGGCUGAAGUGUGCUGGUUGUGGAUCUAAGCAGGCCGAGCUCAGUAUUAUCAUAAACCCCAGUUAGGACACUUCGGUUAAUGUGCCUUGUAUCAGUGUCUACUUUUUAGUUUUGUCUUUUUCUAAUCAUGGAAUGAACGUGAUGUGAUUGAUGUUUCUCGUUUGAUCUGUUUUUAUUUUUAUUUUUUAAAUUAAAAGUCCAGUUUGAUUACCUUUGUAACUUAGAUUGUAGGCUCAAUUUGUGCUUUAAAUUUGCUUGAGUAGUUUUAGUGAGAAAUUUGCACAAUUGUGCGUCCUGUGCAUGUACCAAGAAGCAUUUUAUUUUGUAUAAAUUGUACAUAAAGAAAUGCUAGUUGUGGUCUGUGUAUUCAUAGUUACGCUGAGAUUAUUGCCUGUUCUUUGUGCUUUCUCAGUUUGUGUAGGCUUGUUUUUAGUUGCUUUAUUUUAUAGUUUAUAUUAGUACUUCAAUGAAUUGUGUAUGUUUGGGAAAAAGGCUCCAUUGCUACAAUGCAUUUGCGUCAGUGCCAAUAAACUAAAUUCAUUCCUUCCA